GUCCGUCCUCCACCAGCCCCUGUACACUGACAUCUGACAGCGCCGCCCCGCUGAGAGCCCCGGGAGCAUCUCACAGCUGUGCAGCACCGUUCCGGCUGCUGUGCCCCCAGCGGGUUGGGCAGAGUCUCUCACAGUUCCUGGCGCCCCAGGCGGCAGCCUAGUGGUUGGCCAGGCGGCGCUGCACAUGGGGAACUUGCGCUGCACGUCCUACAUGAGGCAAAGCAUUGUGUGCAGAGAGAGUUCACUUAUUGCACAACGUGUCUGCAGGUAUGAGGGAGCGGUGUCAGUGCGGUGCUGCUCGCAGUGCAGACUCAGUACAGUGCGGGCUUAGCUUGGUGUGCACCGCCGCUAACUUCCCGGGGAAAGAGAGCCUCUGUGUGCCGGAUCACAUCUGGAGGUUGUACAGCUGAGCCCGGGAGUCCGUCCUGCAGCCGGCACAGAGCCCGAAGAUCUGCUGCUACCCGGAGCCGUGACCACUUUCGUCAGAGACAGAACACCACCGAGCCCACCGUGUGCUGCUGUACGGUACCAUCAUAUACUGUACCCGGCCGAAGCCCUGUGCUGUCAGUGAUCUGCGUAUGCUGCGCGUUACCAUCAUAUAGCACCGGAGCCCUGUACUGUCUGUCAGACCUGCGUACUACACGUUACCAUCAUAUACCACCGGUGCCCUGUGCUGUCAGAGACCUGCUGUGUGUUUGGCACUGCCUCCUGUGACUGUGCACCGUGUAAUCAGCUGCAGCAUCUGGUGAGUAAGUGCCACUCUCAGGACGCAGCACCUAGUAAGUGCCACCCAUCAGCACUUGCUCUGCACUCUAUGGCCAUUAGCUCCUCAGCAGCACAUAAGACACAGCAGCACCCAGCAAACCUGUGACACCUAUCUGCAGCCUGACUAUUCAGGACGUUAUUAUGGCCACAUUUAUAACGAAGUGAUGGUGAAGAGUACAUCAGUUAUGCUCUACAUGACAGUAUCUGCAUCUAUGCCAAAGAUACAUCCAGCAUCCAGGAGACAGUACCCACCGCUGUCAUCCACCACCAUCCAGCACACAGCACCUACUGUCACCCAUCAAAUACAGCCAAUACCCAUUCUCAGAUCUAACAUCAUUUAAAGACACACCAACAGCCAGGACACAGCAAUUGGAAAACUAAACCUGCUGUCAGCCAACAACAGCCAGGACACAGGAACAGCACCCACUGUCACUUAUCAGUAGCCAGGACACAGCAUUCAGGAAAUAACAAUCACACCUGUCAUCAGUCAGAGAACAUCACCCACACUCAUCCAACAACAGCCAGGACACAGGAACAGCACCCACUGUCACUUAUCAGUAGCCAGGACACAGCAUUCAGGAAAUAACAAUCACACCUGUCAUCAGUCAGAGAACAUCACCCACACUCAUCCAACAACAGCCAGGUCACAGCACCCAGGAAACAGCAACCACUGGAACCCAUCAACAUUCAGGAUUCAGCAACCACUGGAAGCCAACAACAUUCAGGACUCAGCAACCACUGGAACCCAUCAACAUUUAGGACAAAGCAGUUGGGAAGAAGAACCCACUCUAACCUAUCAUCACUCAGGACACAGCAUUUAUUCAGUUGAAAAUAUCCUGAAAAGCUACUAUUUAUUACUCAGCACCCAAACCUCUAUAAUCUACAGUACUAUGAACAUUGUACGAUAAUAGAGUUAUUUCCCAGGAAACUCCACCCAUUAUAUAUCCCACAUAAACACCAUUAAGUGUUACCUGUACAGUAGAUACAGUUUCACCCAUUCAUUACAGCCCGUGAUACAGGCUCUGUGUGUCACUAAUAGCACCUAUUGGCAGAGUCACCCAGCUCCAUCCUGGCUGAGUUUCUGCAGAUGUCACUUUCUUUUCUAACCAUGGCCAGAAUGUUGUUCCUGCGUAAGGACCGAUUGCUCUUGGUCCUGGCUUUAUCUGCUCUCCUGGGUGCUGAUAUUUACUUCCACCUAUGGCCAGAGAUUCAAAUCCGACUCAGUAGGGACUGUGACUGCAAAAACCACUCAUCUCCAAUGGAAAGCACAACAGCAUAUGUUCAGUUGUCCACUACCAGCUACGUUGGUUCUAAACUCCAGCACCUCUUUUCGCAUCCUCUGUACCAGGAGCAGGGCACAAAAUCCAUAGACCAAGAUUUAUUGCUAAACCCCCAAGAAGCCAUCUACAUCUAUAAGAAAAGAGUCGCCAGCCUCAACAGACGCCGUAGGACACGCCACAAUGAACUAAACUACACCAGCCCUCUCAUAGAUGCCAGGUUUGAGGUCUACGCUCCAUGGCUGCAGUUCCACUUGGGGAUUAGUAAAACUGCCCUUUACCCACGCUCCAGCUCUGUAGUGGACCGUCUCCUUGGGCGAAUGAGUAAUAUGACUAUUAUAGGUGCAGACUACAGUGCAGAUGAAAAAGCUUUGAAUGGGGAGUGUGACUGCAGCCAAAUUGUGAAGCCGAGUGGGACUCACUUGAAACUGAUAAUGCGAUUUGAGGACUUUGGGAAAGCCAUGUUGAAGCCUAUGAGACAGAGCCGAGAAGAACAAACCCAAGAAGACGUCUUCUAUUUUGUGGACUACCAGAGACACAAUGCUGAGAUCGCUGCCUUCCACUUAGACCGGAUCCUGGAUUUCCGGCGUGUUCCUCCUGUCGCUGGACGGCUUGUGAAUGUAACAAGAGAAAUCCUGGAAGUGACCAGCAACACAGAACUACAGAGUGUUUUCUUUGUGUCUCCAGCGCAAAAUGUGUGUUUUUUUGCAAAGUGUUUGUACAUGUGUAAGACGGAGUAUGCAGUUUGUGGAAACCCCCACAUGUUAGAGGCCUCCUUUGCUGUGUUCCUGCCAUCUUUGACCUUUGCACCCCGUCUCUCUGUUCCGAAUCCCUGGAUAAGAUCCUACACCUUCACUGGAAAAGAGGAGUGGGAAAAAAAUCCAUUUUACUGCAACUCUAUAAAACAGUUGCACCCAUACAGCAAACCACAGAGGCUUCUCAAUAUGAUGGAUCUGGCCAUAUUUGACUUCCUUACAGGAAACAUGGACCGGCAUCAUUAUGAGAUAUUCACCAAGUUUGGAGAUGAUGGUUUUCUUCUGCACCUGGACAAUGCAAGAGGGUUUGGACAACACAACCGUGAUGAGAUUUCCAUCCUCGCUCCCCUGUACCAGUGCUGCCUAGUGAGAGAGGACACAUGGCAACGUCUGAACCUCCUCGCCUUGCCGGAUUACCAGCUGAGUGAUGUUAUGAGGGAGUCUUUAAGCCGCGAUCAUCUGGAAACCGUUCUCACAGAGCCUCACUUAGCUGCCCUGGACAGACGUCUCCAGAAAGUCCUGCAAACGGUGACACAGUGUGUGCAGAGGUAUGGUGAGGAGGCUGUGCUAAUAAAGAAACAGACCAUUCCGGUCAACGACGGGCAAAGGAAAACAAGUAGAUAAGGGACAGUGUGAGGCCACUACAAUCAACAUCUGGCAAUAUUUACUAAGUGUUUUUAAAUCAACUACAAACAUUGUGCCUACAACUUUACUACCCACUUAGUAAACAUGUGCCUUAAGAACUCCAGAUACUCUGCAUCAUGUUCCAGUCAUGUUUACAUAUACGGAUGCCGACAUUUUCCAGGUCAGGUCUACAUCUCCAGUUUUUAGUUAAUGGUGACUCUGUAUUAUACCUGUGUGUGAUCUGGUCCUGGAGAUAAUCUGUGCUGGACAAGCGGACUGUGAUGGGAACAGUCACCUUACCCUUCCCAUGAGUUAUGGGGUAAUAGCGCAAAAGACGAUCAGUAUGAAGAGUGCUUUUCUUAGUAAUGUACCAUAUCUGUUACUGGCAGAAAGCUGUUCUGAAUUAAGGAUAACACAGCUUUUCUGGACUUUUAAUAAAUCAAGUGCCAAUUAAUUUAAUUUACAA